UCGCAAAGUCUCAAAGUUGACUCUCGUUCGCCAUUAUGUACUGACACGAAUCUUUCCGCAGAGUUUUCAUCGGGCAACACGGGAAAGUCGGACGGCGAGACGUGGAAGGAGAAAGGGCGAAACGCUGGAUCCUCGGCGAACCAGUCGAGCACAGAGACAUCGAACGCAAGAUCGAGCAACAGCGGCGGCACCACGCUGACCACGACCACGACCACGUCCAGCUCGACGUCCAGCACGGCCUCGAGUUCCGGCACGACGAUGACCACCACGUCGACGAGAAGCUCGUCGGUGUCGCCGGCAACGAGGAACAACGCGCAGAACAGCGGCGGCAGCAGCAGUAGCAGCAGCCCGGCACCGACCACCAACUCCUCGUCGACGAGCGGCCAUCAGAUCGGUACGAUGUCGGCGCCGCCCGGCCGUCAGGUGCCGAAGAGACGCAUGAGACGUCGCGCCACCUCCCACUCGCAGGAUCCAGCCGAACAAUUGACCGAGAUGUCCGUCCGCGGCUUGAAUCUCUUUCGUUACGCCUCGAUAUCCGAGGGUGUCUACCAAUGCACCGAGUGCGCCAAGCUCGACAUACAGAAGACGUUCAAGAACAAGUACAGCUUCCAACGACACGCUUUCCUCUACCACGAGGGCCACCAGAGAAAGGUGUUCCCCUGUCCGGUUUGCGGCAAAGAAUUCUCCAGGCCCGACAAGAUGAAGAACCACAUGAAGACCGUCCACGACUGCUUCAUGCCGAAGGACUGCGUGGUGCCGUUCGGUUUUUUUCUCUCGCCUUAGCGGGCAGCGCGAGGG